AUGGCAACCUCUCACCCGCUGGAAGAGCCUCCCUACCGCUCGUACGAGGAGCUUCGUAGAGACAGGGUUCCCGUGUUCUUGUCCACUGCAGCCAAGCGUCUAUUCUGGCCCCUUGACGGCGUCUUCCCCGCCGCGAUAUCCGUCAUGAAGACCCCUCGCAGUGCGGACGACAUCGAACCAUUCUUUCGACCCGAUACUGGAAGUGGCGGCACGUGGCACGAGAUCUCUCAACUGUCCCUGACAGAACCCAAGGUCUCUUCCGUUGAAGCUUCAGUCCGGGAGCUUGAUGAAUGGGAGGGUGAGUGGUUGCGAUGGCAUGAAAAUCACGCAUGCAAGCCCGACAGUGACCCGAAGUACGUCACGUACGGAGAUUUGAGCGACGAGGACCGGCCCUUUGCCGACGAACCCGAUGAGGACGGCAACUGGGAAGCGGACUCGGACACUGAGUUUCUUGUCAAGUGCUGUGGCGAAGAUAGACCUCUAAGAAAGCGGGGGAUAAAGUUGGUGGUGACUUCAUCUGCAGGCAAUGGAGGCUUUGUCACGAUACGCGAUUACGUCGGCGCUGUUCAUCCUUGGCUCAUGAGCAUGCAUGCCGACAUAGUGAGCGCUGAUUCGCUUGCGCAGAUGAGACCUAUGCCCCCAGCUGCACCGCCAACCGAAUUGAUGGUGGGUGAGGGGCCAAAACACAGGAUGGUAGAGAAGAUAAGCUGGCUUCGAAAGCACGGUGGUGGUCCGCCACUUCCACCGGCUGCACAAGCCUCAAGAGACAGAUUCCUGGCUAGGAUACGUGCGGAGAGGGAGGAGAGGGGACGGAGGAACCAGGCCAAAGAGUGA